AUGGCUCCAAACAGCGCAUCAGAAUCAGAAUCGCAUGCGAAGAAUGUCGAAAGAACAAGCGCAAGACGAAGACACUACGACGAGGAUUUGAUCCGAGGUCUUGAGAACCAAAUCAGAUUGCUAGAAUCAGCCCUUCGAAGCAGAAGCGUUGGCGUUGAUGAAGGUCAAGAUGCCUUCCACGACACCGUCUCGAUGUCUCGGUGUGAGCAGCCAGCGGCCAAGCUCCAGAGCAUGGAGGAUGGAUUGGGCAGCGAUCCGCCAGCUGUGUCUCUCGGCACGGUGUCGAUGGACUCUAGAUCGACAUCAGCGAUGGAGGAGCUAGCUUCCCUAAUGCUAGAGAUGGGCAUUGAAGAGAAAGGCGAACCUUCCUUCACAAUUGUGGCAGGUAAACGCAUCGCUCCAGACAUCGAAAAUCAGUACGCAUCGUCAGAAGCCGUGGUAAGCAAAAAUGAUCUGCAGGAGUGUGAAAAACAAAUCCCAGGAGUAAGUCAGGAGCUCCUAGAGCAUUUGGUGGAUUCUUUUGUCUGUCACUUCAACGGUUUUCAUCAAUUCUUGGAUGUGAAAGAUAUCAAGGACUUGAAGAUCUGCGGGGCCGAUGUCAAUAAUAUUGACCACCGAUUUCGCAAUGCGGCAAUCAUAGCUGUAGCUGCACGGUUCUCUUCUCGAGAGGAUGCUAAGCGGGUUGGGCAAUCCUUUUCAACGCUCGCACAAAGCCUUCCACUCCACUGUUUCAAGCACCGACCAAGUGAUCUGGUGGUUCAGGGAUUGGCCCUCCUAGCAUGGCAAGAGUUGAUGUUUGGUGUUCCGAGCAUGGCAUACAACUACAUCUCCAUGGCAACAGGACACAUCCUUUACCUGGGCUUACACGUGGCGGGUUUGAUGAAAUCUGCAGACCGUACACAGGCUCACAAUGACCAUUACAGGCGUCGGAUCCGUUCUUUUUGGGCAUACUUCUCGGUUGAUAGACUUCUGACCUCGAGAUUCGGAAUGAAUUGCACACUCCAUUGGCAACGGGUUCGUCUUCCCCCAUUUCGAGAUGUAAUGGACGGGGAAGGUACUUUAGAAGAAGCAGGUCAUGAAGCAUUCUGCCAGUUGUGGCAUUUGUGGGACUCUAGCAUGGACCAAGUUUAUGCCUUCGGCUGGGGUCAACUGACAGGAACCGAAAGAGAGGCACUUGUAAUGCGAUCACACAAAUCCUUGACAGGUUUCCAUUCGAAAAUUGACGACCGUUUGAGACUGCGCAAAGGUUAUCUGCCUGAUAGUGCCGUAUGGUUUCAACUCGCCUAUAAUACUGCAUUGCUAUUGAUCCAUCGUCCAUUGCUCAAUGAGCCGAGAGGUAGCUCGGCUGCCAUAUUCGCCUUGAGGUCCACAACAGGCGCAGCUUCAACAAUCUCAAGGACCAUCCGCUCUUAUAGGAGAAGUCGCAAGUUCGAGAGCAUUUCCCCACAAGUGAUUGACUAUAUCUUAAGCGCAGCUGUCAUCCAUCUCCUGAACGCGACUUCUGGAAAGACAACUCUCGGUCGUCAAGCUGCGAAUGGUCUUCGCAGCUGUACAGAUGCACUGAUUGAGAUUCACGAAAUGUGGCCAUUGGUUGCCACGAGAGCAAUCGAGCAGAUCCAGGAGCUGGCGCUUCGCUGGAAUGUGGUCUGGGCACUGCCGAUCAAUCUCGCACAUCCACUCGGUUUGCGAGAGAGUGUCUCAGAAGCAGCAAAUCUGGUACAAGACACGCACAAGAUACCAGUGCCUACUCAGCUGUCGACCGUGACCACAAUGGACGAAACGAAUUGGCACGAUUUAACUUCCUUCGCUGCACAUGGAGAAAAGAUGUGGAGUUCAGAACAAGAUCAAUACCUCCUUCAUCAUUUCCAGGGUCCUUCCGACGACCAAGUAUCUUGGACACUCGGAGAGAGCUAUUGGGAGACCAUGGUGGACGACUAUGAAGCAUCGGCACUGCUCUCGCCCAUCAUGGACCAUUCCUGA